AUGGCUCAGCAGCCACCACCACAACCGUCGUCUUCGACAACGGAAAACCCAAUUGUAGCAGUUGGACGGAAAGUAAAGUCGAUCUUGAGCUCACAUCAACGGCCAAGCGUUCGUAUACUACGAGAGUCUUCAUCGACUUCACCUCAUAGAAGAUCGCAAGCACAGCCCUCUGCCGCUCAUUCAACUAGCUACAAUGCUCCACCAAUCGAGACCUCAUUUGGCGAUGCUCAAGAUCGGACCAGCGCCCGCAAACGGUCGUUCUUUGGUCGUGAGAAAGGCUUUACCGAUGAUAACUCAUAUGAGAACGAGUAUGAUCAAGACACGGUAGACUUGCUAGAUGUUAUGGUAUCUACACUUUCAACCCUCACAAACGUCCAAAACUCGCUCUUCGUUCCUUCACUGGGAAAACUUAUCAAUCGACGACCUACAUACAGAAUUUCCGAACGCCCUGAGGAGGCACGCACGAUUGACAAGCUUAAGAAUCUGUUGAAGAACAUCCCUCACGCACUAAAGGAAGAUGAUGAGGGAUCAGACGAAGCAAAGCCAGAAGGACAACAGCCAUCGAUGCCUUGGAAGCGUACAAUUCCUGCUCCACCAAUAUUGUUCAACGCACAAUAUGCUAUCCUGCCAGAUGGCGAAAGGCUCGAAGGCUGGACAAAUGAAGAGAAGGAAGAAUUGGAUGAUAGGGUAAGACAUAUGCUUCAUUCUCGACGAGCAAAAUUCAAACGCUCGUUGAAAGGGUUUAGACAAUAUGUUCGCAGACCUUUUGGUCUGUUCAUCACCGUUUAUGCUACUUUAAUUACGCUCUUCGGAGCGGCCUGGGUUCUUUUCCUCAUCGGCUGGAUAUCUGUAGGCUCGAAGAAAGACUACGUUGUUAACGUUGUCGACAAUGUACUGGUGGCUCUUUUCGCAAUCAUAGGAGAUGGCUUGGCCCCAUUCCGCGCUGUCGACACAUACCACAUGGCUUUCAUCGCACAUUACCACCGCAAAACCUUGAAGAAACGCAAGAAGCUUGGACUCCCGGAGUUGGCCGAUCACAACGAUCUGCCUGAUCAGCGAAAAGAGAAUGUUAAGCCUGCCGAAUUCGACCUCGAGAGUUUGGUUGCUCGCAGAAUGCCCCGUCGUCUAGCCCGAAGAAUUGCACCCAGGAUACCAAAGAAAUAUGCACAGAGAAUGAUCGCUCGUAGCAAAAUCGAUGACCCAGCAUACGAAUAUUCUGUCCUGACCGAAGAACAGCAAGCCAAACUCGAAUACCACGAGCGCAAGUUCUCCAAAAGUCACACAUUCUACAAGCCCCACGAGACUGAGACCCAUUACGCGUUCCCAUUCAAACUCCUCAUUGCUGUCGUCGUCUUACUUGAUUUCCACUCUGCGCUCCAAAUCACUCUUGGUGCAUGCACCUGGGGCAUUCCUUAUGAAACACGGCCCUUUGCUCUUACGACUGUGGUCCUUUGCUGUAGCAUCACCUGCAAUAUCAUGGGCGGUGUACUUAUAUCUAUGGGCGACAAGCGAACACGCAAGAAGGAUGUGAUCGAACGCAUGAUGGUACAGCAACUCACCUCCGAGGCCAUAGAAGAAAUGGAGACACGUCGAUUGAAGGAACUAGAAGAGCGAGGAGUUCUCGACCCUGCCGUGAGGAAGAGACUCGAGGACCAGAAGGAAGAAGCAGAAAACGAAGAAGUCAAGAAAUCGUGGAAGAGUGUUCCAUCACUGCCCAAAAAGUUGCUUGGCAAAGGAGAGGAUCACAGACAGCCUUCACUGCCCCAAGAAGCUCGGAGAUCUAGUGCCGACGUCGAUUCGCCGACAUCUCCGACUAAGAAGUCGAAGUCCAACAGUAAUGUCGGUCUACCAUCAUUACAGGAAGACGCAUCUCAGCCUUCACGGCCGAAACCAGCAUUGAUGAGAGGCGAGGAGCCACCAAAACAGAGUACUGGGCAGAAGGUUAUGGGUUUCAUCAGGAAAGCUGAUAUGGACAGGAGCUGA